GAGUACAACACGUGGUGCCUCCCGGGCUGGAAGGUUUGCCUUCGUUCGGAUUGCUCCCUUCAACUUUUUGCAAAUGUUUCCUACCCCCUCGCGAAAAUAAAACAACACGAAGCAUAAUAUUUAAGCAGCUGGUGGUUUCUUCUCACCGCCUCUUCGGACGAGUCAGUGUUUGAUUUACGUCAUUUGGUUCGAACACUCGAUCAGUGGCCGGCUGCUGAGGGAGGAGCAUUUACAAGCCUAAAACUUUAACCCAGUUAACUAUGGCUGAAGGAGGAGAUGCCAAUAACUCUACCAAUUAUGGUGUGACUGACCCAGGAGUAGCAGCCAUCAAGCCUCAAUAUUGUACUACCAAAGAUCAUUUUCAUGAAUACCUUAAUACUGGAAUGGAUAAAGACCUGAAAGCUACUGACAAAGAUCAUCUGAAAGAUGGAGAAGCUAUUGAAGGUGCUGCAGACUGUGACUUCCCAGAGCAUAAAGCAAAAAGAAUUAAACUGGAUGAAAGUGAUGAAAAUGUUAAAAAUGAAUCUGAAAAGGAUAAAGGUGAAUUAUGUCAGAAAGAAGGGGAACACAAACAAAGUAAUAAGAAAGCAAGGGGCCAAAAUAAAAACAGGCCUCAUAUGAAGCCCAAGCACUAUGAACAUGAUCAAAAGUUAUGUACCUCAGUAUGCCAGGAACCUCCGAGGAAAUGUUACUUUGGUGACAAAUGCAGAUUUUUGCAUGAUGUUUCAAAGUAUCUGGAAUCCAAGCCUUCUGAUCUUGGUGACCAUUGUUACAUAUAUGACACAUACGGGAAGUGUCAAUAUGGCAUUACCUGCCGGUAUGCAAAAUCUCACAUUGGACCAGAUAACAAGAACUUGGUUAAUGAGGAUCUUAUGAAGACAUGGGAGAAGACAGUGAUUGUGAAAAAUAGUCUCAGCAAAGAACUGCAGCAAGUCCUACGCAAAAAAAAGUUCUACUUUGGCAAAUCUGAGCAAUACUUGAAACACUUGAGCAAAGACAACAAAUCUGAAAACCAAGGUGAUGCAGUAAAGAAAAUUACCCAAUGGAAAUGUGUUGAAGAUAAUGCAGUGGAAAUGAAGUUGCCUAUUGGUGGCUCAAGUACCGCAGUGGAAGAAAAUUGUUCUUCUGUAGGAUCACAGGGUAAUAUAACGACAGGACCACAGAGUGUAUCUUGUACAGAAAACACAUUGGAUAAUGGUCAUGUAUCUGAAGGAAAACAGAAGAUUGUUGAAAUAAAAGAGACGACUGUUAGUUCUGGAACUGAUACAGUCAUAGCCAAAUCUGUUAAAAAUAAUAAACAAGUAACUUCUGAAAAAGCAAUGGGAGUUGUGACUGAUGAAGAUAUUAUAAAACUUCGAUCCUGUGAGAAGAAACAACUGAACUUCAGGGAUAAGCUUUACCUGGCCCCACUAACAACAUGCGGAAAUCUCCCUUUCCGUCGGAUAUGUAAAAGGUUUGGAGCUGACAUUACUUGCGGAGAGAUGGCAAUGUGUACAAAGCUUUUGCAAGGUCAGUCUUCAGAAUGGGCAUUGUUGAAACGCCAUUACACAGAAGACUUCUUCGGAGUGCAGCUAGAGGGAGCGUUUCCUGACACCAUGACAAAAUGUGCUGAGCUUCUGAACCAGAACAUAGAUGUAGACUUUGUUGACAUUAACGUGGGAUGCCCAAUAGAUCUAGUAUAUCACAAGGGAGGUGGUUGUGGUCUAAUGAAUCGUUUGAACAAGUUGGAACAUAUUGUGAAAGGAAUGGAUUCUGUAUUGGAUAUUCCAUUGACUGCAAAAAUAAGGACUGGUGUACAUGAAAAGGUCAACAUUGCCCACAAAAUAAUACCUAACCUUAGAGAUUGUGGGCUUUCCCUCAUUACACUUCAUGGCAGAUCUAGAGAGCAGCGUUACACUAAAUUAUCAGACUGGGAGUACAUAGAUUACUGCGCUCAAUUGGCUAAUCCAAUGCCAUUGUUUGGAAAUGGCGAUAUACUGUCAUUCGAAGAUGCCAACAGAGCUAAGGCAACAACUAAUGUUUCUGGAGUUAUGAUUGCAAGAGGGGCACUGAUCAAACCUUGGAUAUUCACUGAGAUCAAAGAGCAACGGCACUGGGAUAUUUCCUCUCGAGAAAGAUUUGAAAUUCUACAGGAUUUUAGGAAUUAUGGGCUAGAGCAUUGGGGAUCUGAUACACAGGGAGUGGAGAAGAGUAGAAAGUUCCUCCUUGAGUGGCUGUCAUUCUUAUGCAGGUAUAUUCCAAUAGGUCUUCUAGAACAUAUACCACAGAGAAUUAAUGAAAGGCCUCCUUAUUAUUUAGGCAGGGAUUAUUUGGAAACUCUAAUGGCUAGCCACAACGUGUCUGAUUGGAUCAAAAUAAGUGAAAUGCUGUUGGGACCAGUUCCUCCUAAUUUCAGUUUCCUGCCUAAACAUAAAGCAAAUUCCUACAAGUGAAAAUGAUGCUCAGGAGCAGAAGCUGCAAGAAACUUGAUUUUUUUCCCUAACAACUUCUAUAUUGAAUUCAUAUUGUAAUUAUUUAUAAAGUCAUGUGAAAAUAAAAUGCAUAAAAUUUGGACUGGAGGGAUUGGACAACCUCUGACAAGGUACGGAGUCUAUUACUCUUUGGCCUGUUGUAAAAUCUAUGUAUUCUUGACAUUUUUCUUGGCAAUUUUUAAUAAAUAUUGAUUUUUA